AUGGAUCUCGCGGCGAGAUGUUUGCUUCUCCUAACCUGUCUCGGCGUGAUACUGGCCAUCGAUUUGGAAGCGAUCGACCUGAGCUACUUCGUGGAGCCCGCUGCCACAUCAGAUGUGCUCGACUACAAGGAUCCCUGCAAAGCUGCUGCCUUUCUGGGAGACAUAGCUCUGGAUGAGGAGGAUUUAAGAUCAUUUAAAGUGGAUAGAAUCAUAGAUUUGGCCAGCAGAACAGUCCAGACUGUUAACCGCACAAACUCAGGCUCAAGCAAUCAAAAUAGCCCAAACAGACAAGUCUCUCGCCGUAGGAAACGGGCUGCCACGUCCAGACCAGAGCGUGUUUGGCCUGAAGGCGUUAUUCCAUAUGUCAUCAGUGGUAAUUUUAGUGGCAGCCAGCGAGCUAUAUUCCGCCAAGCCAUGCGGCACUGGGAGAAGCACACCUGCGUGACCUUUAUCGAGAGGACACAGGAGGAGAGCUACAUUGUCUUCACCUACCGACCAUGUGGGUGCUGCUCUUACGUGGGCCGCCGUGGAGGAGGCCCCCAAGCUAUUUCCAUCGGGAAGAACUGUGACAAAUUUGGCAUUGUGGUGCAUGAGCUGGGUCACGUGAUCGGGUUUUGGCACGAACACACACGGCCCGAUCGAGACGAACAUGUCAGCAUCAUCAGGGACAACAUUCAGCCAGGACAAGAGUACAACUUUUUAAAAAUGGAACCCGGGGAAGUGGAUUCUUUGGGUGAAAUCUACGAUUUUGACAGUAUCAUGCACUACGCCCGCAAUACAUUCUCCAGGGGCAUCUUCCUGGACACUAUCCUGCCGCGCUACGAUGUGAACGGCGUGCGACCACCCAUUGGCCAGAGAACUAGACUUAGCAAAGGGGAUAUCGCACAGGCUCGCAAACUCUACAAAUGCUCCAGAUGUGGGGACAGUUUACAGGAUAGCAGUGGGAAUUUUUCCUCUCCAGGUUUUCCCAAUGGCUACUCAGCUUACAUGCACUGCAUCUGGAGAAUAUCAGUCACACCAGGCGAAAAGAUCAUUCUGAACUUCACCUCUAUGGAUCUAUACAGAAGUCACCUGUGUUGGUAUGACCAUGUGGAAAUCAGGGAUGGAUAUUGGAGGAAGGCGCCCCUUAAAGGACGAUUUUGCGGCGACAAACUCCCGGAGCCAAUCAUCUCCACCGACAGCCGUCUGUGGAUCGAGUUCCGCAGCAGCAGCAACUGGGUGGGAAAAGGUUUCUCUGCCGUUUAUGAGGCCAUCUGCGGUGGGGAGGUGAAGAAGGACAGUGGCCAGAUUCAGUCCCCUAACUAUCCCGAUGACUACAGGCCUAACAAAGCGUGUGUUUGGAAGGUCACUGUAGCUCAGGGCUACCAUGUGGGCCUCACCUUCCAGUCCUUUGAAAUUGAGAGACACGACAGUUGUGCUUACGACUACCUGGAGGUGCGUGACGGAAACUCUGAAAACAGCCCCCUUCUAGGACGAUUCUGCGGCUAUGACAAACCAGAUGACAUCAAAACCAGCUCCAACCAGCUGUGGAUGAAAUUUGUUUCAGAUGGUUCCGUCAACAAGGCCGGAUUUGCAGCUAACUUCUUCAAAGAGAUGGAUGAGUGCUCCAAGCCGGACAACGGUCGCUGUGAGCAACGCUGUCUCAACACGCUGGGCAGUUACAAGUGUGCCUGUGACCCGGGCUAUGAGCUGGCUGCUGACAAGCGCAGCUGUGAGGCUGCCUGCGGAGGCUUCAUCACCAAGUUGAACGGCUCCAUCACCAGCCCCGGUUGGCCCAGAGAGUACCCCCCCAACAAGAACUGCAUCUGGCAGCUGGUGGCCCCCACACAGUACCGCAUCACUCUGCUCUUUGACGUCUUCGAGACUGAGGGCAAUGACGUUUGCAAGUACGACUACGUUGAGGUGCGCAGCGGACUGUCAGCAGACUCCAGGCUACACGGGAAGUUCUGUGGCGCCGAGAAACCCGAAGCCAUCACUUCUCAGUACAACAACAUGCGCAUCGAGUUCAAGUCUGACAACACGGUCUCCAAAAAGGGCUUUAAAGCGCAGUUUUUCUCUGACAAAGACGAGUGCUCCAAGGAGAACGGCGGCUGUCAGCACGAAUGCGUCAACACGUUCGGAAGCUACAGCUGCCAGUGCAGGAGUGGUUUUGUGCUGCACGAGAACAAGCAUGACUGCAAAGAGGCUGGCUGUGAUCACACAGUGACCAGUGUGAGCGGUACCAUCACAAGUCCCAACUGGCCGGAUAAAUAUCCAAGCAAAAAGGCCUGCACCUGGUCACUUACCACCACGCCAGGCCACCGCAUUAAAAUAGCUUUCAAUGAAAUCGACAUGGAGGCUCACCUGGAAUGCGCUUACGACCACAUCGAGAUCUACGACGGCAAAGACGGCAAAGCGCAAACACUCGGUCGCUUCUGCGGCACCAAGAAGCCGCAGCCCAUCACGUCUAGCGGCAAUAAGCUCUUCAUCCGCUUUUUCUCCGACAGCUCCGUGCAGAAGAAAGGCUUUGAGGCCUCCCACACGGCAGAGUGCGGCGGUCGCCUGAAGGCUGAAGUCAAGACCAAGGAUCUGUUCUCCCACGCCCAGUUCGGGGACAACAACUACCCCGGCGCGUCCGACUGCCAGUGGGUAAUCUCUGCCGAGAAGGGCUACGGCGUGGAACUCAUCUUCCAAACCUUCGAGAUCGAAGAGGAGGCAGACUGCGGCUACGACUACAUGGAGCUCUUUGACGGAGCCGACACCAAGUCUCCGCGCCUCGGACGUUACUGUGGUUCAGGGCCCCCUGAGGAGAUCUACUCCGCCGGCGACUCCGUGGUGAUCAAAUUCCGCUCUGACGACACCAUCAACAAGAAAGGAUUCCACGUGCGCUACACCAGCACCAAAUUCCAGGACACUCUGCACUCGCGCAAGUGA